CAAGGGAGCAGUUUAUUGCGUUGCACUUGGAGUAGUAAGGAAACUGAUCAAGAAAAGGAAUUUCUCGGUAUAUGUAUUCGGAACGACGACAACAACGACGACGACGACGAGGACGACGACGACGUAUCGGCAGCACAUUGUUGGAUCGCUACCCUGGAGGGAAUCGAGUUUCAAUCUCGAAUCGAUGGAUUUUGAAACUCAACCGACCAAACUUAUAUAUAGUACGAGCGAUUGUGCCUUGCGAAGUAACCACUUUGCAUCAGGCAAAAAUAUAUCGUGAAUUCGUACAACGUGUUUGAUAACAAUACAUCUGAUUGAUUGUUGAUCGUUGGAUCGGAAUCCAGUGAUAUGUGUGAAGAGAACCGAAGCCAGGAAGGGACGCGGAGAUAGGAAACGUGCGUGCUGGAUGAGUGGUGUGUCAGUGGGAACGAUUUCGUUUAUUUUGUGUCGAUAAAAAGAUUCGGAAGCCGCUAUAUUGGAGAAGAAGCGAGAAAGCGGCGUGCCGCUCUUCUGUGUACCGCGGCAAAGGCGAUCGUCGCAGCCCGAAAAUAAUGAAGAGAUGAUCGCAAGCCUACCGAUACACAGCGGCGGCGUCGGCGGUGGAGGAGGAGGAGGAGGAGGAGGUGGAGGUGGAGGAGGCGGAGGUGGCGGAGGUAGCAGCAGUGGGCCGAGUAACCGCGUGGGUCGUGGUCUGGCUCUUCAUAGAUCAAAUUCGAGUUUAGAGCUUCCUCACAGUCCAACGGAUCCUGGGUCUCGCGUACCGGAAACUCCCCUGAGGAGGGAGUAUGGAUCUCACGGAAGCAUCGAUGUAGUGGCUCAAUCGGUAACGGUCGGAGAGAAUUUGUUCGCGAUGCUUCAAGACUUGAGGCCGUCGACGUCGGUGCCGACGGCGACUACCCCCCAGGCAUCGGAUCAACGGUGUUCGGUUGGCAUGGAGUACCUGAGACGCGUGCCAGACGGGCAAAUGGUCGUCGACACGGACGAAGUCUGCGGCCCGACCGGUAACUCCAGUCCCAAGUUACGAUUGAAGCUGCAGAGAUUGUGGGGUGCGAAAGCUCAGUCCCGGCCCAUGGAGGAGAGCUGCAGCAGCCCUGUCGGUGUUUCAGCCGACGUGGAGGAAAGGCACAGAAGGCGAGCAUUCGCUCACUACGAUUGUCAGUCGCUCACCGCGAAUCUCGGCUACGCAGCCAAGCUGAGAGGUAUUCUGCUCGCCAGAAGAAGGAACACGGCGACUGGCGCCUCAGCCGCGAGUUCCUUCAGAGCGUCGACUCCCGACGAGGCGCCGGAAGAGGACGCCGGUGAUGGGAGAGGUAACAAUUUACUGGAAUCGUGUCCCUUCUUCCGAAACGAAAUCGGCGGCGAGGGAGAACGGGAGGUGGGCCUUACUCGAUCCUCUCCAGGCAAUGGAGUUCACAGACCAUCUUUAUCGUACGGUGUCGCGGUUUUGGAACCAGCGCCCGGCGAAACAUCCUGGAAGCAUAGUUGUCCCCUGCAGAAACGGCCGCUACCUAUCGAGAGCAUCGACGAGGGUGCUCAUUAUUACAGACGGUAUUUUCUCGGUCGAGACCAUCAGAAUUGGUUCGGUAUGGACGAACAGCUGGGUCCAGUUGCCAUCAGCAUUCGAAAGGACGCCAAUCAGUAUAGAAUAAUAGUUCGUACUUCUGAGUUGUUGACGCUUCGCGGUUCGGUCCCGGAAGAAGCUCUCGGUGGUAUAAGGCCACAGGGCAGGUUACCGACCCGAGAAUUGCUGGAGUUAGUCGCGCCGGAGGUUCAACUCGGUUGCCUCCGUUUAGGAACUCCUACGGCCGAGGAAGCUUUGGCUAGAUUGGACGAACAGGGACUUUCUAACAAAUACAAAGUGGGCGUUCUUUACUGCAGAUCCGGUCAAAGAACUGAAGAAGAAAUGUACAACAAUCAGCACGCCGGACCUGCUUUUCUCGAGUUUCUCGACACUAUCGGUCAAAGAAUCAGGCUGCGAGGAUUCGAAGGGUAUAAGGCCGGUUUAGACACGAGAACCGAUUCGACCGGCACCCACGCAGUCGCCGCGACCUAUAGAGGGGCGGAAGUAACUUUUCACGUAUCAACGAUGCUACCCUUUACGCCGAAUAACAGACAACAGCUGCUCAGGAAGAGGCACAUUGGGAACGAUAUAGUCACGAUCGUUUUUCAGGAACCUGGUGCGUUACCAUUCAGCCCGCGAAGAAUACGCUCGCAAUUUCAACACGUUUUCAUCGUGGUCAGAGCGGUUGACCCAUGUUCCGACAACACUCAGUACAAGGUAGCCGUUUCGAGGAGCAAAGAAGUACCAAUUUUCGGGCCACCAGUUCCUCAGGGUGCCACGUUCGCCAAGGGAAAAGCGUUCGCCGACUUCAUCUUGGCUAAAGUGAUCAACGCGGAAAAUGCCGCGCACAGAUCCGAGAAAUUUGCCACCAUGGCGACUAGGACGAGGCAAGAGUACUUGAAGGACCUCGCUAGCAACUAUUCUUCUACCACGAUGGUCGACACCGGGCAAAAAUUUUCUAUGCUGUCGUUCAGCAGUAAGAAGAAAACGGCCGUACGUCCGAGACUAUCAUGCGACGCUUUGCAGCGUGGCGCGAUAUGCUGGCAGGUGAUACUGGAAGAUAGCAAUCAGAACACGGAUUCCUAUCUAGGAAUAAGCGUGGAUACGAUCGUCCUGAUCGAGGAACACUCUAGACAGAUCGUAUUUGUCACUCCAUGCGCCAGCGUACUCGGAUGGCAUGCUCAAACAAACAGCUUGAGAUUGUACUAUCAUCAGGGGGAAUGUAUUACGAUUCAUGUGCGAGGCGAUUAUGGGGAAAGGGACGAAUUAAUGGAGAUAGUGGCACGUUUGCGAGCAGUAACUCCAGGAUCCCCGGCCACGGAACUCUCUUUGAAGAGAAACAGCCUGGGACAGUUGGGUUUUCACGUUCAACCGGACGGUGUGGUGACGCAAGUCGAAAGUCUGGGACUCUCUUGGCAAGCGGGAUUAAGACAAGGGUCUAGGCUCGUCGAAAUCUGCAAAGUAGCCGUGUCCACAUUGAGUCACGAUCAAAUGGUCGACUUGUUAAAAACGAGCGCUCAGGUCACUGUGACCGUGAUACCGCCCAACACCGACGGUAAUCCUAGGAGAGGAUGUACGUUGCAAAACUGCCAGUAUUUGUCAACGAACUACGAAGGUGACUACGAGAAUGUAACCAGUCCCGAUAAUACGCCGACUCAGCAGACAGCCAUGUCUCAUCAGAGACGUUACGAGCGAUCCUUCAGUCCGCCACGAUCGAGCAACAGUUCUGGCUAUGGGACAGGAUCUAGUUCUAGGUCGUUCAACGAUCCACGCUUCCCCAUGGAGGGUACAAUGACCAGUAGUAGUAGCGGACAUAGCAGCAACGACGAUCGUUGGUACGAGCUUUUGGAGCCUCAAGAUCAAGAGGGCACAGGGUAUCGUACUAGUACCGGUACUCCUCCACCACCCCUUCCAGCCAGACAAUCCUUCCAGAUGAUCGCUUCGAAGUCUUCGUCCCAGAGGAAAGACAAGGAAUCGCAUUAUGCGAGUAGCAAACAAUUUUCAGAGAAUUCGAAGCAUCAUCACGGUCAGCAACAGCAGGAUCAUUAUGCGAAAGAUGGCAAUUACGCGUCAUCGAAAACGGUGCAGGCUGAUAACAACGCGAGACACGAUAGUUAUCAAAGGCAAUUGGAUAACGUUCAUCGUUCCAGUCAGGAUCACGUUUCCUCGAGUUACGUGAAGCUUCAAAAAGAAAAGUAUGAGAUUAGCAAGCAAGAAAAUCUGUACGCCUCUCAAAGGGAACUUCAGAAAAACGAUAUGCACUACGUUACUCACCAAAAGUUGAACUCGUCGAAUUCUUUACCUUUAGCGCAGAACGCAUCUUAUAGCCUCCCAAAGUCUAGUAGUAAUAACAAUCUUGGAUCUAGAUGUAACGAGUACGAGCAGCAGCAACAACACGACGGAAAAUUGGAAAGAAAUUCUAAAUACGAUGCGCAAGACGAAAAGGUGCUGCUGCUGGAUCGGACGUCGUCCAAGUACGAGCAAGACGCGAGAGCCCAUGAGAAGAGAACAGCGACGAUCAAUUACGAAUAUCCCGAAGAGAUAUACGAGAGACGAAACAGCAAGUACGAUAUGGAUAUCGGCAAGUAUGAGAUUGAAUGUCAACAUGGCGUUACCGAAAGGAAGCACGGCGGCAGCGGUAGCGGUGAUAGCGUGGAACAAAAUCGAGAAUCCAUUAGAUACGAAUUACCGCACGAAUUUAAAGUCGGGGAAAAAGUCACAUGUCUAAAAACUAGCAUCAGCGAGAGGCCGGUCCCUCACAAGAUAAACGUCGAGUAUCGUCAAACGAAAGACUUUGCCGCGAGUCUUCCACCGGAAGUUAGAAUUGGCGAUACCGGUGGUAAUUGCCUAGAGGUGGCUACUCUACCCAGCGAGGACGAACUAUCGAACGGAUCUGGAAGCGUAUCACCUCGACUGAGAAGAGCAACGAACAAACAUCGACCCGGAAAUCUGACCCCUUCGAGCGGUGGUUCGAGGAAUCAGAGUCCCAGACCGAAAAGUGCAGGAGUGCGAAAUUCUCAUAGAAAUUCCGCGAAUUUAACCUCGAGCACUCUUCAAGAGGAUCUCAUGAAGCUGAUCAACCCCGAUUACAUGGCCGACGAUGAUCAAAUAACGAACAAUAACGUAACCGGAAACGCACUCAUCACCAAUCAUAAUUCGAACAAGAUCAACAACAAUAUACUCGAGAUUCAAAACAGGUGUAGAUCGAGAGAAAAUUUAUGCGGCAAUGGCGGCAAUGCGUUGACCGUUCUACCAACGAACAGCCAAGAGAACGGAACCGGAUCCGAAGUAAUUCUAACGAUGGCUAGACCGGCCACGGUCAUUUCGAACGCAAGCACCGCGUCCAGUCCUGCGCCGAGCGAGAACAAGUUGUCGAAGGAAGAGAGAUUGUCACCGCGUGUUACCAAACCUCCCCAUUCGAUUUCCAAAGCAUCGACCAACUUGACGUCCGUCAAAGACGCGAAAAAUCAUAACGAUACGGACGUGGAUCGUUGGCAAAAUCACCACGUGGAUUCUAGAUCAAAGCAGCACGCCCAAGAGUGGUCCGACGACAGACUUAUCGAUGGAUGCAAUACCAUCGCAAAUUCCGUGUCGGAUUUGCAGUCCCAUCUGUCUACGCUCGAACUAAGAGUAGCCAGAGAGACACGCCGAAGGCUUUCCCUGGAAGACGAGGUGCGUCGUUUGCGAGACGAAAAUCGACGUCUACAGGAUGAAAGCCACGCGGCUGCGCAACAGCUUCGACGUUUCACCGAAUGGUUCUUUCAAACGAUAGACCACCAAUAAUUCCAAAAUAACGAAAUUCGAAUAUCUUCGUUCGAAGACAGUCGCGUCCAAACGAUCGUUUGUUCUUUUCUUCUCUUUUUUUUUUUUCUCUCGUUUUUCUACGAUCGUGCUGCGAAGUCACACGAUCACCCUUUUGUAACACCAGUAUUAUGCUAGUUUUGCGUUUCUCCGGAUUUAAAGAUUAAAGGGCGCGAAUCAAAGGCGUACAUCGUUCACGAUAUUGCGAGCACCGUACUCAUGGUUAGUCUGUAUCAUAGAUUUAGUUUUAGAUAGUUAUAAGGGUACAAAGUAAGUUACCAUCAGAUUGCGCUCUAUCCAACUUCGAUCGAACGUUUAUAACUAAGAGCUAGCGCGUAGAUAAGAGAUAGUAGCAGCGGUUUUAGACACCGCGUGCACUCGGAGUAACGUUGCUUCGUUCGCGAUGUGCGUUAAUCACGAUUACGUGUGUUACUUUGAAACGACCAAAUAUUCCUAGCUGUGUAAGAAUCAUCUUAAUUCAUUCGUAAUUUAUUACGUAUUUUUUGUAUCAUCGUUAAGAUUAAGGAAUCAUUUCCGUGCGUGUUCAAAAGUUGAAAAACAUUCCUUGUUCACGAAACGCUAUGUCGAUCGUUUGCCUUGUUUUACCGAGGCUUAUGCGUACGUUUGUCGCCAAGACGUUUAUAUAUUCUUCGCAAAGACAAAAAGACACGGCCCGUCGACGAGCAGUUUGUAAAAAACGAUGAGACCAAUCAAUAAUAAAAAGAAAUGCACACCUCA